CUCGCGAUAUCAAAUUGCUGUUUAGCGAGACUUCGAAACGAUCAGUCUGGUGGCGAAAAGGGGGGAAGCCGAAAAACAAAUACGGGAGUCGUAAUAAACAGCGGAGCUCUUUUGUCUUUUGUUUACAGCCGUCAGGUAAUUUAAGAUGUCUGAUGACUUGGUAAAGCAGUUGGCGAGCUACAAGGCCCAGCUGCAGCAGGUAGAGGCGGCGUUAUCGACUGACCAAGAGAACAAUGACCUGUUAAAACUCCAGAAAGACUUGCAGGAAGUUAUAGAAUUAACUAAGGACCUGCUAUCAAGCCAGCCCUCAGUGGCCAGCACAAGUUCCAGCAGUACUGCUGUGACGACCUCAAGCCACUCGUGGAAGGUGGGGGACCAAUGCAUGGCCGUCUGGAAUGAGGAUGGACAGUUGUACAAGGCAGAGAUCGAGGAGAUAGACAAGGAGAACAGCACCGCUGCUGUCACCUUCUUGGGCUACGGCAACGCAGAAGUCGUGCCCUUGCAGAACCUGAAGCCCGUGGAGCAAGGAUCUCGCUCGGAGGAGGACGGUGCCAAGUCCAAAUCCAGGAAGGAGCAGAUCGCGGAGAUGCGGGAAUACAAGAAGAAGAAAGCAUUCAAGAAGGCGCAGCGCAUGAAGGAACUGGAGCAGGAGCGUGAGGAUCAGAAGUCCAAAUGGCAGCAGUUUAACAACAAAGCGUAUUCAAAGAAUAAGAAGGGACAGGUGAAAAGGAGCAUAUUCGCGUCACCAGAGAGUGUCAACGGGAAGGUGGGAGUCGGGACGUGCGGCAUUGCUGAUAAACCGAUGACUCAGUACCAAGACACGUCGAAAUACAACGUGCGGCAUCUCAUGCCGCAGUAAUGGGGCGACGAGCCGCUGGUGUUCUGUUGCCGCCAGACCGUUCCAGGCUGACCUAGUCGUCUCUGUGAGCUGUGUUCACCCGAGGGAAGGUGUUUUUAAAACAAAUAAGCAAACAAAGGCUCACAUGCUCGUGGGGGAAAGACUUGACUGUUUUCCUUUUUUAAAAAAAAAUUAGGCAUCCACCCUAAUAUAUAGUUAGACCUUAUGCCUAAAUUUAUUUCUGCAUUAUUGAUGUUCACUGAUAAUGGACUGGGUAGCCCCCCACCCCACUUAGCAUCCAGUUUCGGGUGAAGACAAUGCUAAUUUAACAAACGUGUAGGUUUGAGUUACACCUGCAAAAUGUGUUCCAGUUUCCAUAACACAGAAGAAUUGUUUAUGAUGCUAUAGAUUCCCCCCCCCUAUAAUUGGGUUGGUUUAUCAAAAGCUGUGCUAUUCUAAGACCAAGUGGCUUCCCCCUCCCCCCCAUCUGAGAGUAUUUCAGUACAAAACUGUUUAAUGAUUAUUUUUUUUUAAUUGUAAUGUUAACUUAGAUUAAGUUAAAUGGUAAUUGGUCAUGCUUGGUUUUUUUUUUUUCCUUUUUGUUCUGGUAUAAUGUACAAAUAUAUGCGCAGUAAACAAAGAAAAUGCCAUAGUCCCGUCCCCCCCACCCACUCCCUUUUGAGGACUUUUUACUAAAUGCUACUUUUCAGUUGUUCGUUUACCUUUUAUUAAAUAAAUGUUAAAAUAUGC